GAGUCUUUGUCAUUGUGAUCAAGAAACACCAUAUCCAUUGUCACAACAGAUGAGAUCAACUCAAACAGGACGACCUCAAUCUAAAGUUUGGCAACAUUUCUCAAAAAUACAAUCGUGGAAAAUCACAAAAACUAUUAACAAUUUAGCAAACUAUUGUAUGAGUUGUGUUUCUCAAACCAGAAAAAAAUGUCUUGAAGAAUUAAGCGAAGAUAAUGUUAAAUAUGAAGAGAAUGAUGAUGACAGUAAUGGUGAGGAUGAUGAAGACAAUGAUGACAAUGUAUGUUUAGCUCAGUUAAGUGAACCAUUAUUACAAAUUAGCAAUACUACUAAUUGUUUUGAAGCAUUUUCACCCGAGUUUGAAUCUAAUCAAAUUGGUUUAACUCAAGAUGAAGUAAAUAAUAUUUACUAUGAUUCACAAAAUGAAGAACCAUGA